UAGCACAGAGAAGUGAUGCUGUGAAAUCCACAUUGCUAAAGGCUUUAUUUGAGACUGUAUCUUCAAGUUGCUGGAGCAGCAUCUAGGAUUAUUUAUGCCAGCCCCACAGAAGAAAGUUGUUUUCUGCAUCGCUGGGGUCCUCUCUCUUGCUUGUACACUGGGCAUCGCAGCAGCUGUAGGAACUCAGCUGUGGGUCCGAGGAAGAAUACUCUGCAAAACUGGAGCCCUGCUAGUCAAUGCUACUGGCCAGGAACUAGAUAAGUUUAUUGGUGAAAUCCAGUAUGGACUAUUCUAUGGGGAAAGGGUUAGACAAUGCGGGCUUGGAGGGAGACCUUUUCGGUUUUCAUUUUUCCCGGAUUUGUUCAAAAUUAUCCCUGCAAGUAUCCAUGUUAGCGUCAUCGUCUUCUGCUUGGUGUUGUUAGUAUUUGCACUAAUCGGAGCAGGGUUCUUCAUGUACAACGCCUUCGGCAAGCCAUAUGAAACGUUGCAUGGGCCUCUGGGGCUGUACCUGUGGAGCUUCAUCUCAUUUUCCUGUGGUUGUCUUAUCAUGAUACUCUUUUCAUCAGAAGUGAAAAUCCAUCACCUCUCUGAGAAAAUAGCUAAUUAUAAAGAAGGAGGUUUUAUUUUUAAAACUCACAGUGAGCAAUUUGCAAAUUCAUUCUGGAUCAUCCUGGUGUGCUCAUUAGUACACUUUCUGAACAUUCUGCUAAUACGCCUUGCUGGAUUUGCAUUCCCUUUUUCAAAGUCGAAAGAUUCGGAGACAGCAAAUGGAGCGGUGGAUUUAAUGUACUAGACAUAUUUUGAAUCAUGUUCUGUGGCAAAGCUUCAUCUUUGCCCUUCCCUGAAACCAAUACAUGUAUAUGGGCAUAAAGGGCAAAUUUUUAAUACACAACAUAAUCCUGGAGCUUUUAAAGACCAGAUAACAUGUGUUAAGGGUUAUAUCACCCACAAUAGAUGAUGACUUAUCAUUAGGAUCAUACAGAGCUGUUGAGGCAUAUUUGUAAACCAUUAUUUGCAUUAAGUGUUGUAUAGACUCUAAACCAAAUUUUGUGUCCAGACAUUGAUGCAUACCAUAGAUUGUGUGAUUUUCCCCUACCCACCUGUUUAAAAUCCUUGGGUACCCUUCCAAACAACAGCUUCCAAAAGCAGCACCUAAGCCCAAACCCUGAUCAGUCUAUGUAGAUGUAACCUAUACUAAGUUGUCCAAACUGUGAUUUGGAACCCAGGAUGAAACCAUGGUAAUUAGAUUCUGACUUGGUGGCUACUCACAAACUAUUGUAUCUUCAGACAUCUUGACAGAGCAUAAUUCAACAGUAUAUCCGAACUAUUUUAUUGUCUCAAAGAG